CGUAGAUGUAAAAUCGUGCGUGCAAGAGAGAACGAAAGGAUCGAAUAAGAAAAGAGAGAAAGAGAGUGUAUAUGAUAAAGAGAAAUCAGCUAUCGGAAAGCGAAUUGUCGCACGAUUUAGCGAGAAUAACAAUUUUGCGAUUUUCAUGAAACGACAUUGGCCGUCUCGAACGCGUGUGCGGCACGUCGCGCUGCAUCGCGCAAUUAAUAAACGGCAGGUGAUUCCUCGUCGCUUAUUAUAAGCGCCAUGUCCCGCGAUGGACCAAUCAGCUGCUUGGUAAACCGCCGUGAGACCUCGAAUCUGUUAUUCUGUCUAGAGGCGAAUGACAACAAAAGAGACUGAUAGAAGUCGCGCGCGCGAGAGAGAGCCCGAGUUUUUUCGUACGCGAACGUGUAUAUUCCGCGCCAGACGAGAAGUAUACCCGCCGCUUGCUAGCCGCCGCGGCUGAGUUUUUUUGUUACCGUAGCGCGCCGCGAGUAACGUCGCUUUGCUUGGUGGUGAAAGUGUCGAGGAAUAUGAAGAGGAGAAAUGUCGAGUGCGGUAAGCUUCGGAGGCCCUUGAAACGCAACAAGCUCGCCGAGGGAAUCUACGGAAGUACUUUGCUUUAUCUGAAGUUUCUUGUAAUAUGGGCCAUGGUGAUUCUGGCAGACUUCAUGUUGGAAUUCCGUUUUGAAUUUUUAUGGCCGUUCUGGUUACUCCUCCGAAGCGUUUACGAUUCCUUUAAAUAUCAAGGCUUGGCCUUCUCUGUAUUUUUUAUUUGUAUUGCACUCACAUCAGACAUGAUUUGCUUCUUUUUCAUCCCUGUGCAUUGGCUGUUUUUUGCUGCCAGCACUUAUGUUUGGGUGCAAUAUGUUUGGCACACAGAUAAGGGAGUGUGUCUACCAACUGUGACACUAUGGUUGCUAUUUCUAUAUAUAGAAGCAGCAGUGCGGUUGCGUGACUUGCGUCAUAUGCCAUUUCAUCUAGACCUCUGCCGGCCAUUUGCAGCACAUUGCAUUGGCUAUCCUGUAGUUACAUUGGGUUUUGGUUUUAAAGGCUAUAUAGGCUACAGAAUGAGGCAGAAGAAACAGAAAGAUGUGGCAAAAGAGAACGAGUUCUAUCUGCAGUUAUUGCAACAAGCACUGCCUGCGGAGCCAGAAGAUAUGUCAAUACAAGCGCACACACUGACACACCAUGUUACCGCAUCGAUAGAACAUGUCAAAAGCCAAACUCACAAAUUGAGUCCACAAUAUAAUCCAAGCCCUGAAAAAAGCAGAGGUAGGGGGCAUAAUAAUUCUGUAGAGACAAACGUACAAAAUGGUGGAGUACAUAAUAAUAGCCAAAUUACAUCACAAGCACAAAGUGCUACUAAAAGUACUCAUAGAAAAUCUUUAGACAAGAGCGAAAAGCAAGAAGAACAGCAUAAUAAACACAGUAUAUCUAAUAAUUCACCAUCAGACAAAGGUGAUAAGAAAUUUAUACACAGUAACGGAAAUGCAGUAUCACACAAUGAUAUACAAAUCAUUGAAAAAGUGGGAUCUGUAAACGAUUUUGACAUAAAUGAAGUAGAAAAGGAUAAAUCCAUCAAAGGUUAUGGACACGCUACUAUAAAAUCGCAAUCAAACGGUUCAGUAAAAUGGAACAACGUGAAGGAAAGUCGAGAUUCAUCGUCGACUAAUGUCCAACGUGAACGUAAGACUCGACAAGUUAAAAACACAGGUGACAUCACUGCAGAACAACAAAAGCAACAAGAAGAUUAUUACCAAAGGUUACUGGUGUGUCGCAGGCUUGAAGCAGACAUAAAACGCUUGAAAUCAGAUUUGCAGUCAAGUCGACAAUUAGAACAAGAAUUACGAUCACAAAUUAAUACCUUACUCAGUGGAGAGCGUCAGGCUAAAGGCGAUAUUCAACAGCUCCAACAUGAUAACGAUCAGUUACAAAGCAAAUUACACGGUCUAGUGACAGCGCGUCAACUGGAUAAACAGACAAUGUCAUCGUUAGAAAAACGAAUUGCGGAAGAAAGAAAACAACGGACUGCAUGUGAGGCGUCCUUAGUUUCCGAGCGUAGGGCAAGACGGGCUGCCGAGGAGGCACGUUCUGCAAUCCCACCGCCACCACCUCCACUUAUUAGACAAGAAUGUACUGAUGCGUGUAAAAAUCGUAGAUCUCAAAUGGAACAGGAUCUUAAGAACCUGCGUCGUGAACUUAAAUCGAAAGAAGAGAGGUGUAAUGUACUGGAGAAAGAUGCGGCGCGUUGUCAAGAAAAUCACAGAGAAUCUGAAAUUUUGGUUGCUGCACUCAAUGCGCUACAAGACAAAAACGCGCAUUUGGAAAAUAGUUUGAGUGCGGAAACACGUAUAAAACUUGAUCUUUUUUCGGCACUCGGCGAAGUCAAGCGACAAUUAGAAAUUCGAGAAAGCUUAAUCAGAUCUCAAGAGAAAGAAAUUGAGAUGUUAAAAACAAAAAUAGCGCAAGAUUUAGCUGUGAUGCCACAAGACACAUUUGGUCCAGCGCCAACCUGCGCGACGUCCAAGCUUCGUUUAAAUAGUGAAGUGAGAGUUGCAGGAACAAAAAUACGUUCAAACGAAAGUUCCCCCUGUCCUGGGUGUACCGUGUCGAAUUUGGAUCCGAACGCGACAGCGUACACGCCUAAGAGCUCCCUUGUAGCAUCGACCGAAGCUUAAGAACUGCUACUUCUUUCAUUCAGAACCCAAUAGUAGGAUACACACAUCAACUCUACAAAAAGAUGUUUCAAAAGUUUCUCCGUGGAAAUAUUGUUUAAUUCCUUUGAGUAUAUUGAGCUCGCAAAAACAAUGAAUUUAUUAUUAUUUGUUACUGAAUCUAUCUUGUGUAUCCACUCUUCUUUUUUAAGACAAUAGAGUUUUAUUAUAUACGGGUCCGCGCUUACUCUUUCUCUCUCUCUCACACACACACACAAUGUCAAAGAAAUUAUCUAAAAGUCUUCCAUGAGAAACUUCGCGAAACAUGUUUUGUAUCGUGUCUUGUUCUUUCAAAAAAAAAACAAAAAAAUUGAAACCGUUGACAUUACUUAUGAUCACACGACACUGGGUUCUAAAAUGUCAAGGAAAUCUGGUGACAGAUUUAAUUUGUAAUGUUUAUGCUGCAGGUUAAUCUAACAGAUAUAUAACGUACCAGUGAACAAACAGAAAACACAUGUUUAAAUAUUAGUAGCAAUGCUUAGCAAAAUUGCAAAAUAAUAUACUGUGUGAACGAUCGUUAAUUUAUAUAUG